AUGUCAAACCAUGCGGGGGAGUCGAUAACUUUCCAGAUUAGGGUUAGGGUUUUGGAAAGCGAAGAGAAGGAACUCUCGCUUAUAGACGCAAUCGUUUGCGAAAAAACUGUGAACAUGAUUGAUCAGGAUGAAUAUCGUUGUUUCAUUGGUAACCUUUCAUGGUCAACAUCUGACAGGGAUUUGAAAGAAGCCUUUAAAAAAUUUGACCAUCUUCUAGAUGCAAAGGUUGUUAUGGACAGAUCAUCAGGGAGAUCACGUGGAUUUGGAUUUGUUACUUUUGAUGAUGAAAAGUCAAUGGAAGAUGCAAUCGAAGCAAUGAAUGGAAUAGAUUUAGAUGGGCGUCCGAUUUCAGUAGACAAAGCUCAACCAAAUCAAGGCGGCGGCGGUGGUGGUAGAGACCGUGAUGGCGGUCGUGACCUGCCGGCGGCGGUGGUGGGCGGGGAUCUGGCGGUGACUGCUUCAAAUGUGGAAAGCCUGGACAUUUUGCUCGUGAAUGUCCAUCUGGAGAAGGGUCAAGAGGUGGUAGUCGGUAUGGUGGAAGAGAUGACAGAUAUGGUGGUGGUGGCGGCGGCGGAAGCCGCCAUGGUCCUGACCGUGGCGGAGAUCGUGAUCGUUCGAGUGGACGGAAUAGGGAUUCCGGCAGUCGUGGUGGUUCGGGAAGCGAUAGACGUGAUCGCGAUCGCGAUCGUUCUGGUCCCUAUGAACGCCCUUGAUUAUGCAUCUAAGGUGUGGCAGGUAAAGAAGCUGGAUGUAGCAAAACAAUGAGUGAUUUACGUGAGAUUGCAUUCAGUCCCAUUUUGGAUAAUGUGAAAGUGGAAAUCUAUAAUAUAUAUAUAUAU